AUGAGUAUGGACCAAGCGAAUGGCACUGAAGCUCAUGUUCAAGUUGCUGUUCGAGCGAGACCAUUGAAUCAACGAGAAAUCGAUCUUAAAUCUCCAAUUAUUGUUGAUAUUCAUGGAUCGCAAAUUCUCGUCGAUAAAUCUCAAGACAAACAUCAUACACCCAAAACAUUUUCAUAUGAUUUUUGCUUUGAUUCAACGCAUUUAAAUAAUUCUAGUUAUGCUAGCCAAGAAUUCAUAUUUAAUAAACUUGGCUUAGAAAUUGUUAAACACGCAUUUGAAGGCUAUAAUGCUUGUAUUUUUGCUUAUGGUCAAACCGGCUCCGGAAAAUCUUACACAAUGAUGGGAUCACAUCAUGAUCGAGGAAUCAUACCGCGCCUUUGUCAAUCUAUGUUUGAUAGAAUAGAAAAUGAAUUAAACCAAGAUAUUAAUCAUGAUAUGGAUAUUGAAUCAAUUGACAACGAGAAAAUUCAUGAUAUAUUAUCAUUAAAAUUUUCAUCAACUUAUCGUGUUGAAGUUUCAUAUUUUGAAAUCUACAAUGAAAAAGUACGAGAUUUACUAAAUCCGAAUAAUAAUCAUCAUGCAUUAAAAGUACGAGAGAAUAAAAUUCUUGGGCCUUAUGUUGAUGGACUUUCUCAACUUGUCGUCACAUCGUACCAGGAAAUCGAAACUUUGUUGAUCGAAGGUAAUAAUUUUCGAACAGUAGCAUCAACAAAUAUGAAUAAUGAAAGUUCACGAUCACAUGCUGUAUUUACUCUUAAAUUAACUCAAACAUUAUCAACAGAUGCGUCAGAAACUCAAAGUGUGAAAGUAAGCAAAAUAAGUUUAGUUGAUUUAGCCGGUUCGGAACGUGUAUCAAAAAGUGGUGUUCAAAUCGAACAAACUCGUUUUCGUGAAGGAUGCAAUAUUAACAAAUCUCUAUCAACAUUAGGCCUUGUUAUUUCAACCUUAGCUACACGUCCGUCACACGACAAUCAUUCGAAAUCAACCAAGAAAACAUUUGUUCCCUAUCGAGAUUCUGUAUUAACUUGGCUAUUGAAAGAUAGUCUUGGUGGCAAUUCUUUUACAAUUAUGUUAGCAACAAUAUCGCCGGCAUACGAUAAUUACGAAGAAACAAUCUCAACAUUGCGCUAUGCUGAUCAAGCAAAGAGGAUUGUUAAUCAUGCUGUUAUUAAUGAAGAUGAACCAGGAAAAAUAAUACGAGAAUUAAGAAAUGAAAUAGAUAUAUUAAGAAAAGAAUUGGCUGAUGCGAAAGCGGAAAAAUCAGCUGAAAAACUCAAUGCAGAAAUAAAAGAAAACGAAAAUUUGAUGCGAACAAUAAGCAAAGAUUGGCAGGAACGUAUUGCUGAAACAGAUAAAAUAAGCAAAGAACGCCAUGAAUUACUUGAAAAAAGUGGUAUUUCUGUGUAUAGCUCUGGCAUUGGUCUUGAAAAAGAUCGAUUGUAUCUCGUUAAUUUAAAUCCAGAUCCAGCACUCAACGAAUUAUUAGUUUACUAUUUAAAAACAACAACAUCAAUCGGUAGACCAGAUGCAUCAGUAAAGCAAGACAUUGAAUUGAUUGGAGUUGGUAUUUCGCCGGAACAUUGUAUUAUUGAAAUCAGAAAUUCAAUUCAAGUAUUUCUUCUACCUAUAAAUAACUCAAGAACAUAUGUCAAUGGUCAAUUGAUUGACAAUGAAAGACAACUGAGACAUGGAGAUCGAAUUCUUUUGGGUUGUUCACAUUUCUUUCGUUUAAAUGCACCUGGAGAUAAAAAUGCAACCAAUAGCAGUUCUGUUCUAACAUCAAUAAUGAAUACAUCAUCGCAUUUAUCAUUUACUGAUGCUCAAAACGAGUUCUUAUUAAAUCAAUUAGCAACCGAUCCAAUGACGAAAGAACUAAGACUCUUCUUAAAACAAGAUGACAACAAUCAAGAAUCUAAUCAUAUUAUUCCAAAGAAAACUUCCGAUGUGUACGAACGAGAAAUCGAAUAUCUUAAAUCUCAACUAAUGCGUAGUGAAAGUCGUUCAUCGAUAAUCAAUGCUCGAACUUGUGCUUUUGAAGAGUCACUGUCAAAAUGGCGCUUUUCAAAUAAACUUCUCACUGAAUCCGAAGAAAGUCGAUCGUUUUUUAAUCGUCUUAAACAAGAACUCAUACGUGUUAAUGCUCUUGUAUCUGAAGCAAAUACAAUUGCAAGUGAAAUGCAAUUACAAACAACCUACAGUGUUAUGCUACAGAUUCCUGCUUCAUAUUUAAAGCCAAGUGAACGCGCUGCUACCAAUCUGUGUGAACCAGCUGUUCAAAUAAAACGAAGAAAUCUGUCACCACAGAUAUGGAAUAUUGAAAAAUUCGAGUCGAAACUAAAUGAUAUGAGAGACGUUUAUUAUGAAUGGCAAAUGUCAGAGAAUAAAACACAGUUAUUAUCACAACAGCAAAAACGGAAUGAUCCAUUUUUUGAUGUCGAAGAAUAUAAUAGUUUAAUUGGUGUUGCAAAUAUUUUUUUAAAAGCAUUAUUUUAUGAUUCAAAACUUGAUUAUCCUGUACCUAUUAUAAAUACACAAGGAGAGAUAUCUGGCUCACUUCAUGUUGUUCUUCUUCAAGUGGGCACAUCUUCCAUGAAGAAAUUAAGUGAUUUUCAACAACAUAAUGUUCCACGAGCCAGUAUUAGUGAAGGAAUAAUUAUUGAUAAUAAUGACAACAGUUUAAGUGAGCACAGUGACAGCCAAAACAGUUUUGAUGAUGAAAGUAUUGAUGAUUCAGCCAGUCUAUCGAAUAAUACAACCGAUCAAAUCACAGUUAAAUUUAUUAUUAAAGAAGCUCGAGAUUUACCUCCGUCUGAAGCUGAAUAUGCCAUGUGUCGAUAUAGAUUUGUAAACCAAAAAGAAGAUCAAACCGUUCUUUCAAUAAAACAAGUGCCUAAUAAUCAAGAUGAUGCUGAGAAAAAGCCCCGGAUAUUUUUGUUCAAUCAUGAAAAAGAGUUCAUAUUAACAAUAACUGGUAAUUUUAUUUCGACCUGUUUUGAAAGUGCUAUAUCAAUUGAAGUUUGGUAUCGUUAUAAUUCAAUACCAUUGUCCAUUAAUACUGCAGCCAACAAUGAACGUAGCCGACGUGAUGCAGAAAUUCGAGCAUUGAGCAAUCGGUGGAAAGAAGUUAAAAGGCAUAUACAAUAUGCUGUUGAAAUUCACGAAUUGGAUGCGUCUGGCAGAUGGGAACCUGUCGAAGUUGAUUCGCAGCAAUCGCAAAUUGUUAGUGGUGGCGUUUAUCGAUUGAGACAAGGUCAAUCAAAACGUUUAGUAGCACGUUUACGUGUUUUGCCGCAGUCUGGCGCCAUGCCACUUGUUCUUCAUGCUAUUCGAUCAGUUGAAAUCGGUUCGAUUAGUACACGAAAAAUAAAUGCACCACGUCAAUUAGAUUCCUAUCAAGAUGAAGAAUUACAAUGUUUAAGGCAUGAAUGGCUAGAUUUAAUUGAAAAACGCAAACUUUAUCUUGAAUCUGAAGUUAAAAUGUUAAGCGAACAGACGAAUAAAACAUCGAAUGAUCUUGAACGAGAAACUACGUUACUCGAACAACUUGUUCGUUUAGCAGAAGAAAGAAAUUUUGCAGAAUUUCCACCGCCUGGAAGUGGUAUACCUGGUUCACCGCCGUGUUGGACACCACCGCAAACGAUUGAAGAACAUCGUCCAUUGAUAUUUCUCAAUCUAGAUCCUGUGAAUAUGAAUACAGAAGAUGAUACAGCUGGUCUUAAAGCUACUCUAAGUGAAGAAAACAAAAAUGAUAUGUUUAGAUUACCAUUACUACAUCAUGCAUCAGAUGAGGUUCGUGCUGUUGCUCAAUGGGAUCCAUCAAUACAUGAAGCAACUGAAAUGAAUCGAGUUACUCCAAGUAAUACGAUUAUUUACAUGGUUGUGAAGAUAAUUGUGCUGAUAUCUCAGCCUGUUCGAAUGGAACUUAUUCUACGCAAACGUAUUGCCACCACGAUCGGCAAAACCGAAGGUUGGUGGUCUGGGAAAGCAAUGAAAUAUCUUCUGGGUUAUAAACCAUUCAAAAGAACAAGUGUUGUUUAUGAAAUUGUUUCAAGUAUACCAAAGUAUAUUCAUGAAAUUGAAGAUCGACAAAGUCUUGCACUGAUUGCUGGCUCUGAAUGUCAUUCACAAAAUUAUGUGCAAAAAUAUAUUCAAUAUGCAUCAGCUGUUGAUUCACUACUUUUACUUGAUAAGCUUAGACAAGAAGUUUCAUUAGCAGAAACAUCUACGAAACAACAGCAAACCAUUCGAAAAGCAACAAGCGUACCCAACAUUGCUAACCAACAAGGAAAUACGAGUUUAUCGAUUGCACCUGUAAAUUCUCGUCGAGAAACCGAUGACGAACAAUCGCCAUUAAAAAAAUCUCCGUCAAUACAAAAUGAAUCACCUAAUCGUCAAAAUCCAUUUUAUGAAGAUAAUAAAGCAUUGAAAUCAUCAUUUCUCUAUCCACAUGUGCAUAAUGAAACAACAACUCCGGCACAAAUAAAAACAAUCAAUACACCAUUUUCAGCAUUUAGUCGGUCUGAGCUCAAUGUUUCAACGCCGAUGUCUACACGUAUUGAUAAUAUCAAACAUAAUGAAACUCAACAUUCUUAUUUUGAAUCAACAACACCAAGCAAGUUAUCACGUUCGUUGUUUAUUGAACAAGAACAAUUGCAACCUAUUCAAACAUCAAGUAUUCGAAUGCGGCAAGCGUUCGAUAUCGAUGAUCAUGAAACAGAAAAUAAUAAAAAGCAAGAUAAUGAUCAAGCAUUAUUAUCUGUAAGUACACUCGAAGAAAAAUAUUCUAUAGCAACGACUCCUCAACGUAUUGAAUCUUCGUCAGCAUCAAAGUCCGAUCAAAUAACGGAACCAACAAUAAAAAAAAUUGUGGACAUUAACGAUGAUGCAUACCCUAUUGCAUGUCGAGUUAUUGUUAACACUGAUCAUCAUAUUUUUAAUAAAAUUGGUACCAUUCGUUUUGUCGGAAAAACAUAUUUCAAAGAAGGAACAUGGUAUGGCAUUGAACUUGAAGAACCCGUUGGAAAAAAUAACGGUUCAUUUGCUGGACAUAGUUAUUUUCAAUGUCCUGAUAAACAUGGUAUCUUUGUUCGUCGGGAUAAGAUUCGACGAAUGGUAGACAAAUGA